GUGUGUGUGUGUGUGUGUACACGCAUGUGUCUCCUCUACUCCCUCCAUCUCUUCUGUGAAGAGCUUCCUCCAAGAAUUCAGCCGGUGGCCACUAGAGGUCUUUCCUUUUCACAUGGUAGCUGCCGUGCAAUUUUUUCGGCUUUUUAUUUAUUCCUACGUGAGCAGACCCACUACACUUCUUGCAUAUAAACAGCGAAAAUUACAACAUAAAGGACUUAUUUUUUUUCUUUUGGAGUAAUUCUGCUGCUGGCCAAAGCCUGGCUUGUUUUGCAAAGAAAGGGAGGACAUUCUGCAGGUAAUUCCAGUGCUUCAAGACUCCGCUCACCUACUGGCAAAGACUGCCAGGUCCCAGACUCCCACCCUGAGGCCAAGCAAACGCAGUUCUUGGCUCAAAUACCCAGAGGGUGCACAUGUGACUCACUUUUCCCACAUGCGAACUUCAGCCUCAGCCAAGAUGCCACGCCUUUGCCCUCUGAAUGCCCUCGGAUGUCUCCAUCCCAUUCUGAUCACACCGCACUGGGUUUUGUGAGGCUAUUUAAGAAGAUAAGUUUCCCUCAUUGAAGAAAAGGGAAACAGCAUGAAAGAAAACAGUGGCCCCAGAGGAGGAAUAUAUGAUUGACGGAAAUGGGGACGUUCCCUUAGAAGCAUCAUGUAUCAUUAAAGAAGCCAAGCCCCAAGUCAUUUAUUUCUCUGCCUGUUUACAUGCAAUGGAAAGAAGAUGUGUUUAAGUUUCCUGUAGUUUUACACUGGAAAUUGAUGCUCCCGGAAAGGAAGCCGUGUGUUCCAGACGUGGCAGGUUUCUUUUGGAAUUCACACAUUGAGAGUCUGGCGCUAUCCCCUAAAGGGCACUUUUGUUGCCUUUUUGUUCAAGACAGCAAGCUUCUUCCAGGAUCAGAACCAUCUGCCAGCCUUCCUUGAUAAACAGCCUGCCAGCUCCCGUGGCAGAUCAGGUGUUUAAUAAUUAGCCUAACUCCUUGUUAUCGAAGUGGCAAUUAUCACUGCAAUGGCAUAAUAUUUUAACUGCACAGGAAACAUUACGGAGAGGCCCCAAGUGAAACCUGUCUGGGAAUGGCUGACAGAGCUGCCCAUGCUCAGAGGAGAGGACCACUCCAUCCUGGCUGACAGAUCUCCAUGCCUGAGAUGCCAUCAUUCGAGGCUGCUCCAAAGACCUAACGGAAUGUGCCCAGCAGUGUAUGGUCUCAAUCCUUUUAAGUGAGGCUCAAUGGCCCAGCAAAAUAUGAAAGUGAGGCCUGUGCUUCUGAAGCGCAACAGCCUUGAGUCGGUGGAGCUGGUGAAGCAACCUCACCACCGCAGGAGCAAAUCUCAGCAGGUACGAUUUAAGGAAGAUGGCACCAGUAAGACUCCACCUGGCCUAGCGGAGGUUGACGUCCAAACCUCUGAGGACCUGGCUGUAACGGGCAAGGCUCAGGUCUCCAGGCACCAUCACCUCCCUACCUACUCACUCUCCUUCCCCAGGUCCCAGAAGGCAGGGGGCUUUCAGAACAUCGCAAUCCAAACCUCCCCCAGUCUCAGGAAGCAUUUCCCAGUUUUCAAAAGGAAGAGACUCACAGCCAGCAAGUCCCUGGUAGAAAUGCCGACAGCAUCCCAAAGUGCCAUCCAGGUCAACGGAAACCUCUCUGAACAGGACAUCGUGUACUCUGACCUUGCUUACUUAAGGCUGGCUCAGCAUCUUGAGGAUGGGCCUCAAAGGGUCAAGGUGUCCCACUCGUUUCUCCCUAGAAUGUCCAAGGUGCAAAGCAACGGGCCUGUGAGCAUAUGCUUGGAAGCAGGGACAUGGAGAGCCUCGGAGAAAGCAACAGCCGCCAUUCAGGUCCCAGAUGAUAUUUAUCAUAGUCCUAUCUGGGCAGGUAGAGAGUCCACUUUCAGUCCAGACAGGUCUGUUGAUGUUAGCAACUCGCUUCCCCCUUUGGCCGACACGUGUCCAGGUGAUGGGAGGAGAGUACCACCAUCAGAUUCAGAAAGACCCGCCUCCUGCUUAAAUGCCACCAGUGGUGCCAACCACACACCUGGCACGGGGAAACUUAAACCCGAAUUGCUUUUGCCCAAAGACAACUCUGAUGACAAAGACCUGGGCCCACUGUCAUCUUGGUCAAAGGAAACGUGUGUUCCCUUGCAUCCACGGACUCACAGCUCCCCUUCACCAGGCUCUCACAGCCAGCCAGCCCAACCAGGGGGAGCUUCAGACUGUCCUCCAUCAAGUAACAUUCACCAGGAUCUGCAGUCACUCAAAACUAACAGUGAGUCAAAAUCUGCCCCUGUGUGUCAGGAGCAGACAGCAAAGAACCCCAUGCAGUCAGACACCCCGGAGUUUCAAAACUGUCCAGGAAGCAAUCGACUCCCGUCCCCUCCUCCACAGAAGGAGAUCAAACAUCAGACCAUCAGGGAGACUGGUGGGAUUAACCGAGUUCACCUGGCACAGGGGGAACUCUGCGACCUCCAGGGCAGGCUGCAAUCCGUGGAGGAAUCUCUGCAUUCCAACCAAGAGAAAAUUAAAGUCCUUUUGAAUGUAAUUCAAGACUUGGAGAAAGCCCGAGCUCUCACAGAAGGGCGCAACUUUUAUCGAACUGGCCAAGACCUCAACAAUUGCAGUACCUGCCAGAACACAGCGUGCAUCAUAUACAGUGUAGAAUAUGACUUCCGGCAGCAGGAAGGCAGGUUCCACGAAGUUCUACAGAGUCUGGAGGAAGCAGAGCCAGUUGAGGAGGCAUCUCCGCCACCAAAGUCCCCAGCAGAGCCUGCAGUCCCUGAGAAACAGGACUUAAGGCGGAAAACCAAGAAGGUGAAGAAGAAAUGCUUCUGGUGGAUCUGAGCUGUGGGGGCUAUUCCCUCCGCUCUCCCCGAGGUGGGGAACCACUGCCCUCAGGCCUCCUCUACUUCUUAGCAAAGGCCCCAGGCUACAAGCCACUGGACCUGUGAAACCAGAAUGACUCGGGGCUGGUUUAGCUGCCACCGGACACCUGACCACAACCUCACCCGAGUGUGUGCCGCUGCUUGCUGAGGACUUCACGGACCCAAGUGACCACCUGCCUAGCCUCCUGUCACACAUCCUGGUUUUUUGAGUCUACAGUCCCACCCUGGGCAAAGCCCCCGUCACGCUUUCCUCCACCUCUAAGAUGCUAAGCGCUCCCCGCCCAUCCUGAAUUCAUCAUCCCAAAGGAAAGAAACAAAAAUGUUAUGCAGAGCAGGAAGAGAGAGGAAGGUUAUAAGCAGAUCCCCAGAAAAAAUUAGAUACCUAAACUGGCAGUUUUCUAAAAUUUUGGCAUUCAUAAGCACAACACAAGUGGGCAUGAAGAUGCAAGAUCAUCUAGGGGGUUGGGUGGUUUUCACUUUUAACUAGCCCCUUGACCCCAAAGCAAGGAUAUUUCAUCUCAUGCUGCAUGGACCUCAGAGUCUGUGGCAGAGUAAGGUCACCACAGGGUCUAAGGGACAUGAAGACAUGAUCAAUCCUGCAGUUGUAGUUACUCCGAAGCCCACCUUUUAGCAUCCUGCUUCUUAGCGUGGGGCCUGAGACUGCCUGGCAAAUGGACAGGAUCUGGUUUGAGUGUGAACUUUGAGAUUCCACAGUUAAUUUCCCUGCAACAUUUAAGAUCAUGAGAUCCAGCAGCCUGACUCUCCAUUUCAUUUUACCAGAAACAUAAAUAAGCCUAAGAUAAAACACAAAGCUGGUUCUCACCCAUUUACACCUGCAGCAGCCUUGCCGAUAUGCUCAAAGUCUAUUAAUCUACACAGUCUCCCUCCUUGGUGACCAGGCAAUGGUCACCUGAUUGAAGAAGCAGGACUGGGGAGGAGGAUUUUUUUUUCCAUUUUAGUAUUAAAGACUCUUCCUUCCAAAGUUUGAAUUCUUUUAAAGUCUGGCUCAUUCUUUUGACACGACCCUCCUACAUGUGGGUCCAGUCAAACUUGCAUGGCUGAACAAACUGCUAAAGUAAUAUAAUUAAGUAAUUGCUACAUACUUACUCUUGGGAAUGAGGGGUAGGUGAGCAAGGCUCAUAUUCCUUCUUAUUAAAUUCUCUACCAGGCUGUGGUUGGAUUGAGGCUGCUUAGAAAAGGGAUCCUAAACUCAAUAAGCAUUCAAUGAAGAAGGCAUUUCACAAUCCCCUUUGCUGAAGACUGGGUGUCUGAGUUAGUCUUUGCAGAGUGCAGCAUCCUGUGUGAACGUGGGAUGUACGUUCCCCACUGCAAAUUGAGACUAAUUGAGCAAACCACUCCGACAGUUUCACCUUCCCCUGUCACUGUGCUGCAGUGCACAAAGCUAUUUCAGUGAGAGCGAGAGGGAAAUUUGGCAAGGAAUCUCAGCUUGCACUAUUUAAGUCUUGGAAUGUCAUUCAAGAUGUUCUUGUUCUGUGUCUAGUGUAAUGUUUAAACCCACAAAAUGAGACCGGAAUACAUAACGUUAAGUUAGAAUUAAGAUAAAUACACUUGUCAUCCUUAAGAAGCCACAUUUCACUAAGUUAUGCUACCACUGGCUAAAAGCCACAGAUCUUUCUGUAUUCACACAAUCGACUCUCAGUUGGCCCCAACAAUGGAAAAGAACAGCACACAAGAUAAUUCAAUAAAGCAAAAUCAUUUGGGAUCUCUUAUAUAAUUUUAUCUUGUAGUAGAGCCUCCAUCUUAAUUUGCUUUGCUUACACUAAUUUUGAAAUUAAUUUAUGUUCUUGGGCAGCAUGCUAGAAUGGAAAUAAUCCUAUUCCCAGAAUUGAGAGACCGAGGCAACACAACAGUCUCUUCUAACAAUUUUUAGCAAAUUGUUUAAAAUUUCAGGGCCUCUUUCUCCAUUCUUAAAUGGAGAUAUGAACAGCUACUCUAUUUUAUAAGCUCUGUGCACAUUCCAACAUCAAAUGAGCAAAGCUACCCAGAGCUGACCUGGAUCAUGUGCCAAAGUUAGCCUGCAAUGAUGAAGAGAUGACUAGGAUAAUGCACACAAAAUGGAUAAUUCAGCACUUGGAUAAUUAGGAUAUAUAUGUUGUCAUGCACUUAUGCUGAGUUGGGGCCUCACAUAAACCCUCAACCAGCUUUAGAUAAAAUUUGGGUCAGAAAAGGUUGAAAGGUUAACAUUUCUAGAAAUAAAACCAAAAUAAGGCUACAGUGAUUCUAUACCAAAGCACAACACAGCAAUGCUCUGGCCACCGACCUGAAAUUGGAAGGAGGUCUCUCCUGAAAAUUGAACAUUUAAAAUGGUUAUUGGGAAAUGGAUUCAGUACUCACCUUCCUGCUAAACAAAAAUUAUCAUCUUUGUGGGUUUUUUAAAAAAAAAACAAACACAUAUUACAUAUACCAAAACUCUAUACAUAUCUACUCAUGUGAAAAAUCGCUUCUUUGUAAAAUAUUAUGUAACAUCUACUAUGAAAUCCUAUGAAAUGCUGUACUUGAGGUUAGCUGGUUUUAUGAAGAGAUACUAAUUUAGCAAAAGUUACUUUUAUAACAUUGAAAUGGAAAAGACAUACAUCAGCUUAAGUUGCAGGAGUUUAUGUAGCUGCUUUCUCUGUAGUUAAAAAAAAAUGUGUACUCAUUAUACUUGGAACUUAAUACCAGCUCAUCUAUAGAGCGCCUUCUUAAAGACUAUGUACUAAUGUAAGGUUUUGUAAAUUUCUAAAUUGUUUUAAAUGGGAUAUUAUCUUUUGCAAUAAACUUACAUAUUUUUCCUAGG